AAUUAUAUCGUACAACACGUUCUAGCAUCGAUUUGCUCUCGUAUUCACAGUGUAUAAGCCCGGGGAUAUAGCAUGGGUCAAUCUGAAAUCCGGGUGAUCUUCCGUGUAUAUCAGAAUGUUCAUGAGGAUGUCCACUCUCCACUCUCCUCACAAAGGGCUCACUAUUUAUCUGAAGCCAGACCCUUCCAUGCGGGGAGAUGGACAUGGACAAAUAGCAUAUUUCUGAGAACCGCAGAAAAAAAUAAUUACAUUAUAAAUACUAAUAAUAACCCUAGUUCUUGAAUUCAGAUCAGACAAGACCGUCGAUAAGGGGAAAAAGAGAAAUGGCAUCGGCAAAUGAGCGGGAGAACUUCGUAUACAUCGCCAAGCUUGCAGAGCAAGCCGAACGCUAUGAUGAAAUGGUGGAUGCUAUGAAGAAGGUAGCAAAGCUUGAUGUCGAAUUGACAGUUGAGGAGCGGAAUCUGCUGUCAGUUGGAUAUAAAAAUGUGAUCGGAUCUCGAAGGGCUUCUUGGAGGAUUUUAUCAUCAAUUGAAGAAAAGGAAGAUGCAAAGGGGAAUGGACAGAAUGUAAAGCAAAUAAAACAGUACAGGCAAAAGGAAAGGGGAUUACUACCGGUAUUUGGCAGAGUUUAAGAGUGGCAGUGACAGAAAGGAGGCUGCUGAAGAAUCUCUGAAAGCGUAUCAGGUGGAUCUCAAUUUCUUAUUAGGAAUUAUUGUGUACUUAU